ACGUGCCUAACCCCCCCACCCCCAAACGUAACCUAGCCGCUCUCUUCUGUCAGUGUCGCUCUGACGCUCUCUGCACUGGCGGCGAACCCACUUUCCUGCAGCACCUCCCAGCGCCGGCGAAGCCCUUCCUCCCACCACCUCGCAGCGCCGCCGAAGCCUUCCUCCCAGCGCUGCCGAACCUUUUCUCCCAGGACCUCCUCGCCGACAGCACCACCCUCGCGGUCGUCGACACUACACCACCCAACACCAUCCAGUAGCCAGCAGUGCACCACACCCGGCGCCACCCACAGCACCGUUUCUGGCCAUCCGCAGCAUCGAGCCACCCAGCAGUCCAGCCCAGCACCACCCAGCAGCGUUUCUAGCCACCCACAACACAGCACGGCAAGUCAUGUAUUCUCCUCAUAGCAAUUGCAGGCAUAGAGAGGUUUGCAUAUAAAGGGGUCGCAUCAAAUUUGGUUACAUACCUAACUGAUGUAGUGAAGCUAAGGAACUCAUCUGCUGCAAAAAUGGUUAAUAGUUGGUGUGGCUUCACUUCCAUAGUGCCCUUGUUGGUGGCACCCAUUGCUGAUGCUUAUUGGCACAAAUAUUCCACAAUUAUGGCCUCUUCUUUCCUCUAUCUCAUGGUGAGUCACCCUCCACAACUUCAAUAUCAACUACCUUUAUAUAUGAAUAAUAUUACAUUGAUUAUUUCUUAGUCACUUUUGAGCUCGAGUUAUGUUAUGUACAAAACAUGGAACAUUGUAUUGACUCACACUUUGUUUAAUAUUAAAUGAGAUGUGAAUCAAAUUUAAGUGAAAUCUUUGUCCCAUUUAAUGAUAGAUAAAAUAUGAGUCAAGCAGCAUAUUCUUAACAGAGGACAAUUUUUUGGAGUUUAGAUAUGACAUACUAAUAUAAUAUAGCAGCCAUAUUAUUCUUAUAAGUUCCAUUAUGGAUUACGUUGUAGGUUUGUUAGAGUCUGAGUAAUAAAUAAUCUUCCCAUUUGGGCAUAUAUGAAAUAAUGCUCUCUAUAAAAGUUACAGAUGGUAUAAGAAAGUGUAUCAUGUUUUGCUACCUUUCAAAGUCAGAUAUAAAAUCAACCAGAGUAUCAACAUAAAUUUUUUUUGGCAAAGAACACUGACACUUUAAUAAUCCUGAAUAACAUGAAAAGUUUUACUUGUACUCUAAGCAGGAAACGAAUUUUCCAUAGCCCCUCAUUUUUCAAUACUUAUAUUAAAUUUUCCAGGCAUAGAUCACCUAUGUAAGCUAGUUGUUAAUGUUGUUGUGUUUAUUAUUAUUAUAUUGGCUAUGUAAUAUAAUUACAAGUCUGCUAAUUUUCAGUUAUAUGAAGCUACUUAAAUAUACUUAUUAUUGUUUUCCAUAACUAAUUACUAAUAUAUCUGGGAUUUCAUAUUCUUAUGUAUGUAACCACAAAAUAAAUAAAUAAAAUAAAAACAUAAGCAUGUGUAUAGAACUGAAGUUAUUGUCUUGUCCUGUUUAAGCAGUAAAACAACAUGAUAACAUGAUAGGCUUGAAAAGAUUAACUUUAGAUCAGUUGUGUUGACUAUUGAACUUUUAAACUUCUUUAGUUGUCGUAUUUCCUUUUGUCGUUAAAUUUUAUUGGAUCAAGAUUUUGUUAGCUAUUGUGUAUUUGUGUUUGUCAAUUUCAAUGUUAUGACUUUAUAAAAUAGUAUGGUAAUAUGAUUUUAAUUGGUUUGGUUUGGUUCGGAUGAUUUCGAUAAAAAAAAUCGAACCAAACUGAACUGCAGUUUAAUUAAACGAUUGGAUCGUGUGCUCGCGAGGCGCAUCUCGCCUGUCUCCUCCGUCUGUGCUGUGUGCUCGGCCGUUCGCGUCUCGCCGCACCUCUGGCGGUGAGUGCUCGAGCUGUGCUUCCUGCAGCCGUGCAGUGUGUCAUCAUCGUCGUCCGCCAUCACAGUACCCAACGCCUAGUGUGCUCCACUGCUCGUGUCUUGCCUCUCUUCCUACAGCUGUGCUUCCUGGUGAGUGCUCGCGUCUCGCCGCCCCGCGGCUCCGUCCCUCCCUCGCCUCCUUCCGUGGUUGUUGCUGUCUGAACUGCUGCUCGUCGUCCACCUUCUGCCUCUGCAACAAUAGCAGGCAAAACCUUAUUGGGAAGCGAAGAGAAAGAGAAAGAGAACCGUAAGUAACAUGCCGAAUUGCAAUGAUAAACAACAGAAGAUGUGGCCUUCUCAAACUUGUUUCUCUUCGUAAUGCUUCUCACUCUUUCUCAAAUGCAAAACCUGAUUCCCAUUUGGCAGCAACAUUAACGGCUAAGAAGAGUGUUUUUGGGUUCCACACUAACAUUGAUGAUGCUGUUGCCUUUUUCAUUCGCCUCAUCAAUGAGCACCACACUCCAUCUCAACUCGAACUUGGUAAGAUUUUGAUGUCUGUUGUUAACAUGAAAGAAUACCCCACUGCUAUUUUUCUUUUUGCACAAAUGGAGUUUAAGGGUAUUGCUCCUUCCAUGAUUAGUCUGAGCAUGUUGAUUAAUUGUUUUUGCCGUUUGGGUCAAAUGAACUCUGCUUUCUCUGCAUUGGCCAAGAUUAUCAAGAUGGGUCAUGAAUUGAAUGUUAUAACACUGACCACACUCAUCAAAGGGUUCUGUAUAAAUGGCAAGGUUAGGGAAGCCCUAGGGUUUCAUGACAAGCUAAUAUCUCUAGGUUUUCAGCUUGAUGAGGUUAGUUAUGGGACCUUAAUUAGUGGUCUAUGUAAAAUGGGGCAAGCAAGAGUCGCCAUGGAGCUUUUGCAAAAGCUAGAGAGUUAUACAGUUAAGCCUAACAUAGUAAUGUACAGAACAAUUAUUGAUGGAUUGCGUAAAGAUGGUCUUGUAAAUGAGGCACAAAAUUUGUUCUCAGAGAUGAUUUCUCGAGGAAUUUAUCCUGAUGUUGUCUCAUACAAUUCUCUGAUGCAUGGUUUGUGUUGCACCGGUCGUUUAAAAGAAGCAACUCAAUUGUUGAAUGAUAUGGUUGUUAAAGACAUUAACCCAGAUGUAUGUACCUAUAACAUUAUAGUCAAUGCAUUAUGUAAAGAAAGAAGAAUAAUAGAAGCCAAACAAGUGUUUGAUAUGUUGAUGGACAGACGAAUCAAGCCUGAUGUAGUCACAUACAAUGCAUUAAUAUAUGGAUACAUUUUAACUGGCAAAGUGGAUGAAGCAGCAAGUUUAUUUGGUGAUAUGAAGAAAAUUGGUCUGGCUCCUUGUGUCUGGAGUUAUAGUAUUAUGAUAAAUGGAUAUUGUAAACACAAAAGAUUGGAUGAAGCUGUAACACUCUUUAAGGAGAUGCUCCAGAGAAAUUUGGUUCCAAGUACUGUAACAUAUAAUUCUCUUAUUGAUGGCUUUUGCAAAUCAGGGAGAAUACCUGAUGUGCAAAAGCUUCUUGAGGAUAUGUAUGCUAGAGGCCAGCCCCCAAAUAUUAUUACUUACAAUAUCUUAUUAGCCGGUUUGUGUAAAGGUAGUCAUCUUGAUGCUGCGAUUGAAUUAUUUCAGAAAAUUUUUGGCAAGGGGGGUUGGUCCUUAUGCCAUACACCAUACUGAUCGAUGGAUUCUAUAAUCACGGGAGACAUAAAACUGCUAAAGAGGUUUUCAACCUUCUCCAUAAUAAUGGUUGGCGAGAUGUCAAAGCAAUUGAUGCUAUGAUCAAUGGGCUGUGUAAGGACUAAGGAGGGCUUGUUCAACAAAGCAACAAGCUUGCUAUCAAAUGGAUGACAAUGGUUGUGCCCUAGAUGAUGUAACUGCUUUCGCAACUGUUCAUGCUCUUGAGAAAAAUGAAAAAGAAAAAGCAGAGAAGCUUCUUUGGAAAAUAAUCUUUAUAGGCCUGUUGAAGCGAUAAAAUAAGGUAGGAUUUGGGGAAGCAGCAAGUAUGUUUUUCUUUGCUUUGAAGUAUGUGAAUCUCCUUUGAUCACUACUGUCUCAAAUGCUCUUUAUUCAUCGAACAUCAUGCCUCAAAAUGCAAAAUCAUGGUUGGUUGAAUUUGAUUAUGGAAUCCAUUCUAGAAUUCGUCCACCAUCCUUUUGUAUGUUAGUACUUUAAGAGGGGAGUGGACAUUUCGCACUGUAAUUGAUAAUGCCACUCUUCUAUUGUAUGUAAUUUCCAACAUAUCUUUAAACUCCACUAAUUCUAGAAGUAUUAACUUUAUACAUCUUAUUAGAUGAGAUUCGACAUCGAAGCUUCUUGCUAUAGGAUUGUGAAAACCUUAUAUUCAUUAUGUAGUGUAUAGGCUAGAAAGUUCUAGUUGCUAUAGGAGGUUAUGUCGUUGACUUGAAGUUCCUAUAAAUAAAAUACUACUAGGAGCUUUGAAUUGUGUGUACGAGGUGAAUUGUGAAGUGUGAAGGGGAGAGUGAUAAUCAAAGAGUAGGAGUGAGUGAGUGAGUGAGUAAGUCAAGUGCAGGUGUGAGAUGUAUAGAGAGCAAGAACAAUUAAGGUCUAGUGUAUGCAUCAUUAGUAAGGCCCGAGUGUAAAUUGUGUCUCAUUAAAUUGUACUCUUGUGUUUAUAAAUUUUAAAAAAAAUCAUAACUUUUGUGUCUCA